AUGAGUGCCUUCGGAGGAGGUCUGUUUGGCCAAAAUAACCAGAAUCAGAACGCUGGGACUGGGCAACAACCGCAAGGAGGGAACGCCUUCGGUGGUGGUGGCGGAAGUAUAUUUGGAGCAGCCAACAACAACAACAACGCGGCAGGAGCUACCGGCCAGAAUAGCACCGGCGGUGCUACCACGACUGGCGGUUUAUUCGGCAACGCGGGGGGCGCUACCGGCACAUCACUCUUUGGCGGCGGAGGCGCGUUUGGAGCGAACAACAACCAGAAUCAGUCCGGCGGGACAACGGGUACAGCUGGUGGUGGAUUAUUUGGCGCCACAAACCAGAACCAGACAGGCGGAGGAUUAUUCGGUGCCAAGCCUGCAGGCGCUGCACCGGCACCAGGCGGCCUAUUUGGAGGAGGAGCUACAGCUGGAACGGCUCAAACUGGCCAGACUGGUGCAGCGGGGGGCGCUGCAGGGACUGGUGGAGGUGGCUUGUUCGGUGCAGCUGGUGCCGCGGCGCCCGCGAGUGGCGGCGGGCUGUUCGGCGGAGUAAAGCCGGCGACGGGCGGCGGGCUGUUUGGCAAUGCGGGCGGCGCUACCGCUGGCACAUCAACUGGAACAAAACCCGCUGCUACAACGCCUGCAGGCGGUGCGCCGGGUGGAAGCCUGUUCGGUGGUGCGGCGGGAGGCAGUCUGUUCGCCAAACCUGCCGACCAGAAUGCCGCAAAACCAGCAACAGGCGGCUUAUUCGGCGCAGCACCCUCAUCCACUGCCGCUACAGCAGGAGCCUCGACGGGGUCACUCUUCGGCGGGGGCGCAGAUAAGCCUGCCACUGGAACCGGCACACCUGCAGCCACUACGGGGGGUGGACUAUUCGGCGCUGCGCCAGCUGCCUCCGGCACGGCACCCGCUGCCGGAUCGUCAACGACUACCGCACCGAGUGGCGGAGGGUUGUUCGGUCUUCCCAAGAAGCCCGAGGAGGCUCCAAAGCCCGCCGGUUCUGCCGCGCCCGCGACUGGGUUGUUCGGAGCUGCAUUUGCAUCUGGCGCCGCCAAGCCUGCUGAAGAGAAGAAGGACGGUGCUCCUGCCGCACCCUCACUAUUCGGCAGUCUGGGCAAACCGGCUGCCGCAGGCUCUGCGACGGGGACGGCAGCACCCGCGGCAGGGACCAGCACUGGCACUGGAACAACGGCAGCUCCGGCAGUAACGUCGACCGCGAUAUCAGUGCCGCCGCCAUCCAUGCUCCGUGGCAAGAGCAUCGAGGAGAUCGUGAACCGGUGGUCGAGCGAUCUCGAAACCCACGUCCGCCAAUUCACGAAGCAUGCCUCCGAGAUCGCGGUGUGGGACCGUGCGCUGAUCGAGAAUGGCAACAACAUUGCCGCGUUGUUCAGUCACGUUUUGGCCGCAGAGCGUGAACAGAAUGACAUUGACCAGGCUCUCGAUCACAUCGAACAGCAGCAGAAGGAGAUCUCGGCGACCGUUGACCAGUACGAGAAGCAGGUGGGCGAGGUGCUCGGCAGCCAAGGCGGUAUGCUGCGCGGGCUCGAUACGGGUCCUGCCGACGCAGAGCGCGACAAAAACUACAUCCUCGCUGCUGAACUCCACAACCAACUGGACGACCUCUCCUCAUCCCUCGGCCAACUCAUCGACGCAACAAACGCUGUCACGCUCGGCCCAACAGACGGCAAAGCCGCUGCCGCUGAAGACACCAUGUCACAGAUCGCGCAAGUCUUGAGCAGCCAUCUGGAGAACUUGCAGUGGAUCGACAACGCGUCGCGCGAGCUUGAAGGCAAGGUGCAGACCGUUGAGAAGGAGGUCAGGUCGGCAGGCGUUGGCUAUGGCGCUACUUCACCGCCGCCGGGACAGAGGAGGAAUGCGUACGGUGUGAAUCGUUAG